UUAUAUUAUUUAUAGGAAUGUUAGAAAAAUUGGUACAUACAGUCUUAUGUUGUUAAUUUUUGUGGAAAUGUACAAACUAGCUAAUUUAACUGUUUUGUUGUAUAUGACAUUAUCUUCUCAAGUGCAUGCAUUGACAGAAAUCAUUGGACUAGUGGGAGAAACAGUUAUCUUACAAUGUCAGACGUUCGAGAACCGAAGUCAAUGGAUACGGGAGAAUACAGUUUACGGUGAUCGAGGCAUUAUUAAUAUCAAUUUACCUCACAAAGACAAGUUAAAGAUAGUGGGUAACAUACAAAGGGGAGAAUACAAUUUGCAGAUAGAGAAUGUUUCAAGGUCAGACGCAGGAGUAUACAAAUGUUUCAAAACUAUAGAUGGAAACGUUAAUACUACCGAAGUGCUUUUGAACAUCGUGGAUGGCAUGGGUGGUGCGACAGACAAAAAAAAUCUUUAUACUGUUACAGAAAGAUCAUCAACAGAAACACAUAUUGAUGCAGUGCAUGCAAUGACAGAAAUCAUAGGACGAGUGGGAGAAACAGUUAUCUUACAUUGUCAGACGUUCGAGAACCGAAGUCAAUGGAUACGGGAGAAUACAGUUUACGGUGAUCGAGGCAUUAUUAAUAUCAAUUUACCUCACAAACACAAGUUAAAGAUAGUGGGUAACAUACAAAGGGGAGAAUACAAUUUGCAGAUAGAGAAUGUUUCAAGGGCAGACGCAGGAGUAUACAAAUGUAUCAAAACUAUAGAUGGAAAAGUUAAUACUACCGAAGUCCUUUUAAAUAUCGUUGAUGGCAUGGGUGUCGGGACAGACAAAAACACACUGUAUACUGUUACAGAAACAUCAUCAACAGAAUCCCAUAUUGAUGCAGAUAUAACGCUUGGUACAAUUUUGGCAUAUGUGACAUUUAUAAGUGUAAUUAUUUUGGUGAUAUUCAUCGCAACAGUCAUACAUCUUGGCGUUACAAAAAGGCAUACAAGAAAAUAUUUCUUAAAGAUGUCAAAUAAUUACAGCGAAGAAAAUAGCGACAACAGAAUAGGUGCUUAUGAGCUUAUUGAAAGAAAUGUUUCCACCGUUACAAACCAAGACGUAGAAAACAGAGCCGAAAAGAAAUUAAAUGACACCACUGUUGACACUACAGUGAUCGCUGACAAUACCAAGGUCAAGGAAUACUUAGAAAUGACACCAGACAAUGUAAUGUUACCAAUGAGAAGUGUUAAUGUAAAUCAGGAUGGUACCGGGAAUUCGUACCUACUAUUACAAGACACCCGACUGGCGGAACCAAAUCAUUAUAGCAUGUGUACAUAAUCUACAUACACUUUUAAACUGUUUGUACUAAAUAAUGUUUUCAUUGUUGUUUUGUUAUAUAUUUGUUUCUUCCUUUUAGUUGAUUAAAAUUAUUAAAUUUA